GGGAAACAGCCGAAAAAGCUGGUCUUAUGCCAGGUGACAGAAUCGUGUGCAUCGAUAAAGUUAAAGUCUCGAAGAAAACGAAAGAGGAAAUAGAGAAUAUUGUCAAAAACGCGAAAGAGAUAAUGGAGUUAGAGAUCAUUCGUCCUGAAGGAGAACUGGCAACUAGGAAACGGCAGACGAGUCUAAGACUCAAGGAAUCCUUCACGAAAAGAGGAUCAAAAAUGGUUAUUCAGGAUUCUCAUAUUAUAUCAUGGAGAAAGGAAAGAGCUCUUUUAAAGCUUUUACUUUGCGAAGAAGACCUCCUGAAUAUUAUUACCCUUGGCAAGAGGACGUUCAUAUUACCUCUACGCAAGCAGCAUACCCUAACCACCGUGGCAGAGAUAAAUAUUCUGUUUGGAAAUAUUGAAGAAGUAGGAAUGGUACACGAGAAACACAUCCAGCAACUGCGACAAAUGAGUCAGGGAAAUGACGACAGCAUCGGAAGACUAUAUCAGAAGCAGGUGGAUGAAAGGUUCUCAGUUCUAAGGAAGUACAUAUCCGGCUUGCACUUGGCAAACAUUUUACUGCGGUUCAAAUCAGCUAACAAGCCAUUCAGAGAAUUCGUUGAGGGUCCAGAAGCAUCGGAAGACAAGAUCAGUCUCUCGAAGUUCAUAGAGAAACCUCUUCAUUAUUUAUCCGAAGUAACUGGUCUUUUGGAGUCGCUUUUGUCUUGUACUGCUAUAGGCCAUAGAGAUUACGUAUGUCUGGAAAGCGUGAUUUCAGUUUUUCGAACUUUUGGCAAAGAGAUGAAUGAGGCGAUGAACAAGCUGUCAAGUAUGGAGGAUUUAGAGAACAUUGAUACUGCUUUUGACGGGGAAGAGCCUUAUAUUAAUCUCGAAACUCUUCAAGAAAAAACCGUCUUUACCAAAGGACCUAAGGACUUUUCCCUUAUAUAUCCAGGAAGAUACUGGCUUUUUGCAGGACAGUUAUCGAAGGUUGAAGGAAAGCAUUACGUUCAAUAUUGGGCUCUUCUUUUGUCCGACUGUUUCAUUCUUACGAGAAGGACCAAGCAAAGAGUGCUGCUAGUACUAGACGAACCCGUCAUGUUGAGGUCAAUAUAUCAAGCUACAUUUGACGCUCAAAAAUGUGAUACAGAAUUUCGCAUUUUAUUUGCCGUGGAGAACCCCCAAAAAGCAGCUGGAAAACGUAACCAAUGGAUCACAUGGAUACUAAGAGCCCCCUCGGCAAGCGUAAAAUUACUAUGGCAAAAAUUCCUUACUCAACAGCUUUCCUAUUAUAGCAUGGAAGCUUUAAGCUAUGGUAAAAAACCCUGCUUUGUGCACCAUCCUGGCCUGAAGGGACUGAGAUCUAAAAGAAAUAUUAACUACGAAGAAUCCUCAUUUGUUACACUGACUGGAUUAACAAAAUUCUCGACCUGUCACUCGGGAAGUUUGAAGAGUUUGGGUUCUCCACCUGCGAAAGAUGCCAAAAAAAGUGCAAAUGAGAAUGGUUCUUUGACAGAAAAUAAUACCAAAUACGAACAGCCUGGUUGUGCUGGCAAAGUCUCUGAUAACCUAAAACCCGAAAAAGAGAGUCAUGCAUUUUCCUCAGAUCAAAGCAUAGCGAGACAAAGUGCACAUACGUCUAAAAAAUGUGCUGUUACCAGAUCGAAAUCAUUUGGAAACGAUUUCAGCUAUUGUUUUCCAUUUAUUGAUUCCCCAGAUGCUACAAGUCCCGAAUUAGACACUCACUCAUCCCGAAUUUCGGAACUCAGAGCACUAUCUGAAAACUUAAAAAAUAGUAGUAGCUCAGCCUCAAAGAUAGAUGACUGCAGUGAUCCUGAGCAGUCAGUUCCUGAAAGUCACAGUGCUCCAGAAACACCGUAUAAAUCAGAGCGGUAUGUCCAAACUGAUGAUUCCGUACCCUCCCCAGGAACAAGUCGGAGCAAAAGAACUCCAAAAAAGAAAUUUCCAAGGUUAGGGACAUUUGAGCGACUAAAAAUUGAUAAAAGAAAUGCUAACGUUGACCAUACCACAUCAUCAACAAUUUGUCGCACUCGCACGGGUACCUCAUUCCGUCACCGUCGGCAAUUAUCUACAACGACAUCAAAAGAACACCUUCUGAAAUCGGAUACAGUUUCGUCUGGUUUCAGUGACUUAAAAGAAAAUACCGAGGAUUCUUUGGUGAUCUCUCUUCCGAAUGAAAAGAAAAAGAGGAAAUUGUUUCCUCGCUUCUGGAAGCGAGAGUCUAAAUCUUCUAAUAGCGAUCAAAGUGCAUCAAGGAAUGCACAUUUGGGAGGAGAUAUUCAAUUGAAAGAAAACUGUGCGAAGGAACAACCAUCAAGCUGUGUAACUGUGUUGAACUCACCCGAGUGUUCCCAUGUAAGUGUUUAAUCUUAUUUAUUUCUGGAAAUUUUAGCAUACAGCACUGCUUUGGAAAGAGAAAAUGUAAUUGCGUUGAAUACCUCUGAUACAAAGAUGCUGAAAUUCAGUAAGUUACAGACCGAUUUAACUAACACCACAAAUUUCACGUAUUUGAAGCCGGUAGGAAUUAAUAUAUAGUUAUUAACUCAUCUUUAAGUACUUUGCGCUAUCGCAAGAGCAGACAAUCCCUUGGGGUAGUAGGUUAUCGGCCGUUUAAAACCUGAUGGCUCAUCAGAAAAUACUAUAAAUGGUAUAUGUUUAACUUCUACAUAUAAAUUAUAAAAGUUGAUAGUAACGAGAAAGUACUAAACAUUAACCAGUUUGAACUCCUGUUGAUUAUUACAAGUCUCAAUAUUAGAUUUCAGUAUUUGUGAAAAGCUGCUUUCCGGUGCUGCUGCAUCAAGAGUGUGUUGGGAAUAACUGCCAUAAACAGGGAAUCUGGAAAUGUGUUCAGAAUGAUAAUCCAUAUAUGCUUCAUUCUAGGUUUCAGAGUAAGAAUUCACGUUUUGUAUCUUAGCAGUACAUCUCACCUAUCUAUGCAACCCUUGUGACGUUCUAUUUAUUUGCAAAUGCAUUGUAGCAGGAGAUCUUAAAUCGCCUGAAUUCCAGAGCUGCAAACUGAAGAUGACAGUCAUAUUACCAAAAAAGUAUUGCAAAGAAAAUCUCUGCAAGCAAGAAACGCGAAAUAUGAACCCUCAGAACAUGGAAUAAUGUCGUUUAGAUCAUACUUCCAGUUAUGUUUUGCAUUUUAGUGGGGUCUGAUUCACUAUCCAAGUCGCAUCUCUUGAUGGCACAAUUGGGCGCCCAACAGAUGAACUUAGUUAAUGUUGUUAUAUUCUGAGCUAUUUUUUCACAUCAUAAGUCAGCAAAUAUCCUCUUGCAGAUAUUGAAUGGUGAACGCUAAGACGACCUUUUAGACCAUUUCUGUGGGUAUCUGCAGGAAGGUUAAUCGCACCAUCUUUCAACAGGAAACAGCAUUUUGCCUUUGGACUCAGAAAAUGACUAUGUAAAUAGGUGGGCAUUCAACAGGUGAAUAUGACGUUCUUAUCUUUUGAGCUGCUUUCUUUCACAUCAUUCAGUAAAUUACCUCUUGCAGACAUUGAAUGGUGAACGUUACGAUGACCUUUUAGACCAUUUAUAUCUGUAUCUGCCGGAAGAUUACUCGCCGCAUCUUCCAAUAGGAAACAGAACUUUUUUCCUUGGAUUCGGAAAACUACUGUGUGAAUGUAAGAACACAACAACAAAUUUACCGCAUCAUUUUCAUACCACAGCGAGUGUGAUGACUUUUGUCUUCUUUUGUGGUAUAUGAUUCUAUGUAAAGUUCCUGCAACGGGUAUGGAUAAAAGUUUCCUAUACAUGGUAUUCGUACACUUACAGAACCUGGUUCUGAACAUCUAGAAGCUGCGAUUGCACAGAAAGGGACUGAAGUGAGAAGAUAUUAAUUUUUAACACAAAGGGAAUUUAUUUUUCAAACUUUUAAGAAACUUUACCUUUCCUUUGGCGAUGACUUUGUGAUUAUUAUUCUUAAAGUUUUCUCAAAUUUAUUCGUGCAAAAUAUUCCAUAUCGUAAGCAAUUUCCUCUUCACUCACCUUUUUUCUUGAAAAAUGUUUAAAACAAUUAUAAUUAGAUAUCGCAAGUUUGCGUAUUUAAACCAUUUGAAUUACGUAAAAUUUUGUACACAGAUAUCAUUUAUAUCAAAAAUGAGUCGUUACUUCCUUCUUGGUUGCAAUACUGUGUUGCAUAUUAUUUCAUUGGAGAUGUCAAUGCAUUUCAGAAAAAAAUGUGGAUUUAUAUGGAAAAGAUGAUGGUUGUAAAAUCAUAUAAAUAUCAAAAUGCUCUGAUAAAAGUUAAUGGAUGUUUUCCAACUAAACGCAUUUUAACAUACAUAUAAACAACGAGAACGCAUGUAUAUAAACAUGAUUGCAUUUCAUCUAUCUUGUGAUUAGUUUAAAAUAAAGUUUAUCUGCAUCUUAAAGCACGAAGACUGCUCCUUCAUGAAAUAGCUUUAAAAAUAUAAUUGUAUAAAAAUUUAAAGUAUAGAAUUGGGUGCUCUUUCGAUUGAACAAAUUUCGAUUGAAAUCGACAAAUUUUGUUCAAUUUUGGCGAUGACUACCUUUUCUUUUAACCUUAUAUGGCGUCAUCAUUCUUCCGAUUUGUUUCUAAAAUAGAUCGAUGUGUACAUGGAAAAAAGUCAAGGCAGUGCACAAUGCCGAAAUGUGUAAUUCUCUGAUGUUUUCAAGUGAAAAUAAAUCGAUGUGUACAUGGGCACCGAGUUUGUGGAAUUGUUUGACUUGUUAUUUUAAUUUUGUGUAGCGGCCAUCUUGAAAUUGUACCUUGCUGGCGCCGAUUUUGGCGUUAAAAAAGAAUCUCCAAAUUUUGUGUAGCGGCCAUCUUGAAAUUGUAGCUUGCUGGCGCCGAUUUUGGCGUCAAAAAAGAAUCGCCAAAAAAAAAA